AUGGAGCUAGAAGACACGAAUAUUACAAACUUUAAAACCAACGUGACAUUAGACCAAGUGAUGGAUUUUUUUAACUUGAAUCUUUCUAAUGUGAACCAAAGUGAAGUGUCACAGAUACAUUUGUUCGAUCUGUAUGAAGCGUACAAAACUAUUGAGAAGGAACAGUUAAUGGUGUACAAGUCAGUGGCUUACAUUAUCGGGACUCUCAUCAUUUUGAGCAACUUAACAGUUGUUAUAUCUAGCGGACUGAUACUAAGAAAAGGUCAACAACCAAAGAGCACGUAUCUCCUUCUUGGGAAUGUUUCUCUCGCUGACACCAUCGUCGGGUUCUCCCUCAUUUUCGGAGUCACAGUGGACAACUCUGUGAGUUCCAACCCCUUGUGUAUCUUUCAAAUAGGUAUGUUAGUAUGUCCAGCCAUGGUCUCGAUUUUCAGCGUGGGUCUCAUCGCUGUGGACCGAUACAUCUAUAUCCUCCACGGUCUAUAUUACCAAAGGUGGUUCAACACCACUCGAGUUAGAAUCGGGAUCCUAUGCAUUUGGAUGAUCGGUAUAUUCAUAUCCACAUUGCCAGCAAUGGGUUGGACAGGGCGGACGUUCAGGGACUUCAGAUGCUGGUACAUCGCUGUCUUUCCCUCAGCCCUCCUCCUCGUCCUGUCCAUCGUAGUACUCUCCGUCAUCAUCAUGGUCUGCAUCCUAUACAUCCUCAUCCUUCGAAGCGCCGUCAAAGCCGUUGACAAAAUCAGAGAGUUCAAAGAAAACAGCUAUACGAAUAAAGGCUUCAUUGAUGAUUUGGCUAAUUCAGCUGCUGUCGUAUCUACUACAGACUCUUGUGGUAGUUCUAUUGUGGAGAUGCGUAAAUUCGAUAGUGAAACACAGACUUAUCAAAGUGAUGCAAGUAGAGAUAGAAGGAUGGGGUGCUGUAGGAUGAGUAGCAGUCAUCCAAGUAAAUUGAAGGCAGUAAAAACUGUCCUCAUUGUAACUUUGUGUUUCCUUGGCACAUGGGCACCGUACUACGUAGCUGUAAUAAUGUAUGUAAGAUGCGAUAUUAUGAAGAAUGGUUACGAAUGCAUUCCUUUAGAAAUAUUAACCUUAGGGCCUCUAUAUUUGUUAGGCGUUUGCAACAGCCUCUGUGACCCUCUGAUUUAUGCAUGGCGACAUUCUGGUUUUAAGAGCACAUUAAAGAGGAUUUACUGGAAGUGUUUAGCGAAACACAAGAUAUAA